AUGGCUCUCCACCUCCUGGGCCUCGCGCAUGCGCACAGCGCGGAGGGCGAUGCGCUGGGGCUGUCGGCAGUGGCGGUCGCAUGCGCCCAGGCACAUCACUGGCGGAAGGCCCUCGCCUUGACGUUGCAGGCGCGACGGCGCCAGUCGCGGCGGCGUCUCGCGCGGCAGCAGCCGCUGGAGGUGGCCGUGCAGUCACUCAAGGCAGCCCUUUGCGCGGUGCACGUGGACCUAGGCGAUGACUUGAGUGUGAAGCCGGCCGAGUUGAAACCAAUGAUGCGCCAGAUGCAGGAGGCGUGGAAUCGCAACUGCUAG